AUGGUCGUAGCUGAGAUCAUAAAAAGGCGCUUGGCACAAAUGGAUGCCUUGCGUCAGGGUUGGGUAUUGAUCAAUUAUCCCCAUAAUGUUGAGGAAUUCACAGAAAUGUUUGAAAAAUUCAAAAUUCCACCCAAUAAACUUGUGUACUUGCAGUGUCCCGAAUUAAUGGCACUGCGACGCUUAGUGACAAAGCCAGAUCUGGGAUGCCCACAAAAUACAUGCAAAUAUAUAGAACAUGAGAUGAGAUAUUUCUCGCGCAAUGAAGCUACGGUAAAUGAAUAUCUUGCACGUCGCCACGAGACAAUCUACAUAGAUGCGACACGUUGCUUCGAAGCGGUGAGUACAAAUUUAUGGAGGCAAAUGGAACGCUUGCCAUAUGUGAUGGGUUAUAAAAGUUAA